AUGCAAAUUCUUGUUGUUUUGCAGUAUGACACAAAAUACUACUAUGCGGUUGGGGUUGGGCAUACAAUGCGACAGUUUUGGUUCAUAACCCCUCCCAAAGUUGGUCCUGAUGUACCAUAUACAUUUGGUCUUAUAGGGGAUCUUGGACAGAGUUUUGACUCAAAUAGCACACUUUCUCAUUAUGAAUCAAAUUCCAAGGCACAGGCAGUGCUAUUUGUUGGAGACCUUUCUUAUGCAGAUAACUACACAAAUCAUAACAAUGUCAGGUGGGAUACAUGGGGCAGGUUUAUUGAGAGAAGUGCUGCAUAUCAGCCUUGGAUUUGGGUUGCAGGAAAUCAUGAGCUUGACUUUGCUCCUGAAAUUGGUGAAAAUGUGCCAUUUAAACCAUACAGUCACAGGUAUCAUGUUCCUUAUAGGGCUUCUGGUAGCACAUCUCCAUUCUGGUACUCCAUCAAACGGGCCUCAGCAUACAUCAUUGUCCUGGCAUCUUAUUCAGCUUAUGGUAAAUACACUCCUCAAUAUGAAUGGCUUGAAGCAGAGCUACCUAAAGUGAACAGAAGUGAGACACCAUGGUUGAUUGUUCUCAUGCAUGCACCAUGGUAUAAUAGCUACAACUAUCAUUACAUGGAAGGAGAAACCAUGAGAGUAAUGUACGAGCAAUGGUUUGUAAACUACAAAGUUGAUGUUGUAUUUGCUGGUCAUGUCCAUGCCUAUGAGCGCAGUUAUAGGAUAUCGAAUAUUGCAUACAAUAUUGUGAACGGGAAAUGUACCCCGGUUCCUGACCAAUCAUCUCCUGUAUACAUCACUAUAGGUGAUGGUGGAAAUGUUGAAGGACUCGCUACUAACAUGACAGAUCCACAGCCCAGUUAUUCAGCUUACAGGGAAGCCAGCUUUGGUCAUGCUAUUUUUGACAUCAAGAAUGGGACCCAUGCUUAUUAUACCUGGCACCGCAGCCCGGACGGAAACGCAGUUGCUGCUGAUUCCAUGUGGUUUUACAACAGAUACUGGCAUCCUAUAGAUGAUUCUACCACAUCUGCUACAUAAGUUGAGCCACUGGUUCUCGAUAUUUGGAAAUAAACAUUUGUCUCCAAUUUUGAGGCAGGCAUGGAUACUUACUCUUUUCUUUGUACUUUUCUACUUUCUUCACCUUUGAAUCGUAAAUCUUGUAAUCGAAUACUCUGCCCAUUGAAAUAGCUUUUUUGUUGCCUUGUCA